AUGGAGUCCAUCAGUACAUAUUGUGAUACAUCAAGUCCAGUCAUCUUAGUCGGUACCCACAAGGAUGUCGUCAAUGACCAAAUACAGAAGAACAAAGAUCAGUUCGGCAGCUUUCUUUCACAACUGCCAGACGUCAGCCAAUUACAGCAACAUCUCCAUAGAAAACAAUACUUUGAAGUAGGAAAACCGGGGGAAAGCAGAGAUGAAAUAGACAGAUUGGAAAAGUGUAUUGUCGGCUUGAUCCAAAAACAAUCAACUUGGGGAGAAAUUGUGCCAAAACUAUGGGACGAAUUUGAUCAGGAGCUACAUAGUUUGAAAAUUAAACGAUUAAUCAAUUUCUCGGAUUUAAUCAAAAGUAGCAAUUCUGAACUUCCAUCACAAAGGGAUGACAUUUUUGACAUGCUACGAUUCUUCCAUGAUUGUGGCAAAAUUUUAUUCUUCAAUGAAAAACAUCUCUCUGAAAUGGUUAUACUUGAUGUCCAAUGGUUUGUUAAUGCAUUUAAGGAAAUCUUGACUGAUAAAAACCAUCGAACACAUGUUCAAUCGAAAGAAUGGAUCUCUUUCAAUGAAACAGGGAUGCUGGACUAUGAACAUCUUAUAACCAUUUGGACAGAGUUAGGGCUACAUGAGAUGAUAGAGUUUAAAGAUCAAGUCUUGUUAUAUAUGCAGUGACUCGGACUGUUCGCUGAAGGGAAGGGAAAAAUCUAUGCUCCAAGUGUAAACAAACACGAACUGUAUUUGAAAGAUUUUGAGAGAAUUAAAAGGACAAAACAUACCAGUAUUCUAAAGUUUAGAUUUCCAGAGUUCCUGCCACAUUUCUAUUUCUAUAGACUUGUCGUAGCAAGUUUGGAUGAAUGGGAGGCACAGAAAGACGGUAAACUUCCGCUGCUUUUCAAAAACGCUGCCUUCCUCAAAUACAAGGACAAUAAUCAUCGAAUAGUUUUAGGUGUAAGCGGUACACAAAUUCACCUCCAAAUAUAUACUUACAACGUGCAACCACUGCAAGAAGAUGUCAUUUUGAGGAUUCGCGGUAAGAUCGAAUCAUUUUUAGAACAACUUACUCGAACUUUUCAUAAGCCGGUUGAAUUUUAUCCCGGAUUUACAUGCAAACCAACCAAUAUAACAGAGGAAAGCAAGGAUGCUCUUUUUAUUACUGAGUCUGAGGCAGUCGAAUUUUAUUCAGCUGCUCCCUUUGAGUCGUUCUCCCAAUGCCCACAACAUGAUAGAAAUGAUCAUAUUAUAAGCUGGAAACAAAUGCUCAAGUACUGG